AUGGCCACCCACGACCUGACUCAGCUCCAGGAGAAAUGGUCUGCUUUUUACAAGGACGAGCUGCCACGUCUGGCGAAAACUCGCGGCGACUCCCAGCCCAAGUGGCCCGUCGUGUUGGAUCACUGCUUCGCUCGUAUCAUUCUUGACAAUGCAGUAGGCGAGGACAGACCCUGGAUGGAGCGCGUCCGCGCCCCAGCUACUAAGCAUAUGUCAAGGCAACAGCUCCAGGCAGCUUUAGACCUGGGGCGGAAAAUAGCCAACGGCGAAGCCGAUCUCAACAAGCUGAACCAGCGAAGUCUCGAGCUGAGAGGCAAGAGUGGUCCGAAGAGGAAGCAUGCCGAACCGGACCGAGAUACGACUCUGAACGUUGCGAAGAAGCAGAAGAAGGGACCGAGCACUGGGGAUAUCCGGAGUCAUUUCUUCAGCGACAGUCCAAAGAUGGAAACACCCAGGACCACUUCCCCACCGCCAGAGAUUCUCCAGGCCAGGAAUACAAUUGCGGCAUUAAAAGACCUCACCGCAUUCCGGCGCUUUGCUCUCGUUCUCUUGACCUACAUUCCCAGAGGCCGAUACAGCACCUACGGGGCCAUGAGUUCGUACAUUACCGCCCACCACCACAAAUGCAGCGCACGAGCCAUAGGCAACGCCAUGCGCAACAAUCCCUUUGCGCCCACUGUGCCCUGCCAUCGGGUCCUGGCACAUGACGGACGGAUUGGUGGAUUCAACGGUGACUGGGGAGAACAAGGCAAACAUGCGGCUGAGAAGAAGCGGCUCCUGGCAGCUGAAGGUGUUACGUUCGACAGCGGUGGCAAAGUCGUAGGUGAGCCAUACAAGGACUUUCAACAUGAUGCUGAAAUUGCCACUUGGUACGACCGAUUACUAGGCAGCAGCAAAAAGUAA